AUGAAAAUACACCAAGUCAUCGACACUAAAAAUAAAAAUACCGUUAAAUACAGAGCGCUAAGCUGCUUCUGCAUGCGAGGUAACUGCGACUGCUUUUCUACUAAAACUCACGUUCUUAUAAAAGAAAUCAAUGAAAAACAACCAAGAGUUCCUAGAGAUAGAUUCAGGAAAAAUAUGAUAAAAAUAGAUUCGUCUUCAGAAGAUACGGAUACGGAGAUCGAAUAUGCCGAAAGCGAUCAAUCUGAUUGGAAUGAAGCUGGAUAUUUUGAUGAUAAUGAUCCAGAAGAACAGGAAACCUGCAGAGAAAAAACAGAGAAAAUAAUGUUAUCUGAAAAAAUAAUACAGAAUAAGACUGAACCAGAGAUUGAAAAUCACAUAUGA